UAUGAAGCUCUGGCUUGACGUGAUUUCUUUCUGAUUGGGUGAUUAGAGCGCCGCUUAGUCAGCAGCUGUCAGGUAAGGCGCUUAACUGUCUGUCCUGAGUUGUCACUUGUGUCCCCGAGAUGCGGAAACAUGACAUUAAUCAAGCAGGGAGCAAUUUGUGCCAGGCAUAACCGGCCCGACUAAACAGCUACCCACAAGAGGAAUGCGGUUGGGUUAGAUCUGGGCGCGUCGUACUGAGGAGCUCAUAGGUGUUCGCAUUCCUUGCUGUGAUCCUGAAGCGCUACUAGGUUCGAAUGGGAAUAGACCAAAGACGUGCAGCUGACAGGGAUGGCUGGAAAGUGCUAUCAGGACUGGAUGGGGUCCCUUCCUCCCGCCCUUAGUGUACUGCCAGUGGCUAAUCUUGCCAUACCAGGAUCACAUGACUCAUUCAGCUAUUGGGUUGAUGAGAAGUCUCCUGUUGGACCAGAUCAAGCAGCAUCAAUAAAACGCUUUGCAAAAAUUUCUCUGGUAAAGAGAUUAAUGAAGAAGUGGUCUGUUACUCAGAAUUUAACAUUUAAAGAACAGCUUGAAUCAGGCAUACGAUAUUUUGAUCUACGCGUUUCUUCAAAGCCCGAGGAGGCUGGAAAAGAGAUUUACUUUAUUCACGGUUUAUAUGGAAUAAAAGUAUGGGAUGGUUUAACAGAGAUCAACAAGUUCUUGACACAACACAGCAAAGAGAUUGUCUUCUUGGACUUUAACCACUUUUAUGCAAUGGACCAUGGACAUCACCUGUACCUGGUCAACAUGAUGCAGGAAGUAUUUGGCAGCAAGCUUUGCACAACUGAUUGUGUUGAAAAUAUUACACUGCAAUACUUAUGGGGGAAAAAAUAUCAAGUUCUGAUUUUCUACCAUUACAACUUAUGGAAUGAAUAUUUAUUUCUUUGGUCGGGUAAUAAAAUGCCCGCACCCUGGGCCAACACCACCAAUGUUCACAAGCUGAUUCAGUUUCUUGAAACGACUCUCACAGAGAGAUCAAAGCGUGGGACUUUUCAUGUGUCACAAGCCAUUCUGACCCCGACAGUAAAGACUAUUGUUCGUGGACUGAAAUCUGGAUUGAAAAAAACACUUGUUCACAGAAACCUGCCUGUGAUUUUGAACUGGGUGAAAAUGCAAAAACCUGGUGUGAUGGGGGUUAACAUUAUUACCUCGGACUUUGUGGAACUGGUUGAUUUUGCAGAAUCAGUAAUCAGAUUAAAUGACCUCCUUUUAAUAAGCAAGAAAGAAAGCAGCUAAUGAUGAAAUUUCCUCCGAAUGGGAAGCACGGCAUAUCUUUUACACCAAUGUUUGUAUUCAAAGACUACUGUAUAUAACAAUGUUUUUCAGGUAUGGGGUUUUUUAACCCAGCUCCCAAUUCCAACACUAAUGCUUAUCUAGGAUAAUUGCACUUUAACACAUUUCCAGAAGUACCCUUAGUGUCCUGACUACUAAAUCUGGCCUCCUCUGAUUAUAUCUUACCUCAUGCAUUUUAUUUUACAGGGUAGGGAAUAAUAUUUGAGUUUUUUCAUUAGCAAAAUGUUUAUCAAUAGGAAUAGUUAUUAUUUAUGCUGCUAGAAAAAACCUACUGAGAAUUGUAAGUAUAUUGGAACAACAGAAGUGCUUCAUUAACGUAAGACCUAGGCACAAGUCUCAUCAAGGAGGUCAGCACUAAUAUUAAUAAAUAAAUAAACAUAAUAGAUGCUAAGCAUUAAAUUUUCCCCCUAAAAUUCCACAAACCUAGUAUGGCUUAAUCCAUGAGACUUCACAGUUGUAUUUUUUUGGGGGCAAAAUUACUAAUCUGACCUCUAUGCAGUGAUGUCAACUUCUCCAAAUUUCCUGGGAGUUAGCAGUCUGAAAAAAACUUGAAUGUCAGGAAGUCUGCAAACAUCACCAAAUUGAUCCCUGGACCUCUCCCAUUGACUUAUACAGCGAUUGAGUGGGUUUUAGGUGGCAAAAAAACAAAUUUGAGUUCUUAAAGGGCCAGAGUAUGAUAUAUCUCAAAAAUCUAAUUCAAUUUUUUCUAAUAAAAAACUCGAAUCAAAUUUGAAUAACACCCUAGUCGAAUUUGACAGUUUUGGCUAUAAAGAAACUCGAAAAUUCAAAUUCGACCCUUGAUAAAUCUACCCCUAUGUGUAUGGCCACCUUUACUCCUGAUUUUGCCCAUCCCCAAAAAUUGUGUAUAAGACAUUCCGUGGACUGGGAGUCAAAAUAGGCCCUGGCAUUCCAAGUACACAGAGGUCCAAAUAGUCCUCCACCAGCCCAUCAAAUAGUGACUUUCUAUGGCAUAUUACAGCAGCCCCUCUGGCAUUUGCAAGAACCCACAGAUUGCCAGUCCGGGCCUGGACACCCCCUUCUCUUUUUAGAUUGCAAGCUCUGUUGAGAACGGCCCUCUUUACCUCAUGUGUAGAUCAUUAUUUGUAUGCAAUUUGCAUAUCUGAUGUAUUCUGCAAUAAAAAUGGAACUACCCAGCUACUUCUGCAAGUAUGGCCACUUUGGGAGCAGCAUUAAAAGAUUGUCCUGUAAUCCCACUGGAUCUCAGUCUGAUCACGUCAUCUGCCAGUAGCUCUUCUUUGUAUAUGGAUUAUGUAUAUAGUGGCUCAUGAGCAACAUGUUUCUCUCCAACCCUUUGAAUUUUGCUCCGUGUGUCCUCAAAGCAGGUGCUUAUAUUUGAA